CGCCUCUCUCCCACGUGACCAUGCGAUCAGUUGCCAAGUACUGUUGAUCAAUCUACUGGUGCUACCAAGGUUUGGCGUGAACUCCCGACUUGCUAUUUAAGCGGACGUCAGGCAAGAUGGGCAUCGUGGAGAAGAUCAAAGAGAUCGAGGAGGAGAUGGCUCGAACCCAAAAGAACAAGGCUACGGAGUACCAUCUCGGCCUGCUCAAAGCAAAACUAGCCCGAUAUCGGGCCCAGUUGCUAGAGCCAACGUCGAAGUCUGGUUCGUCCGGUACAGGAUUUGACGUGCAAAAAGCUGGGGAUGCUCGGGUAGCACUGAUCGGAUUUCCCUCUGUCGGAAAGUCAACCCUUCUGAGCAAAUGCACGAAUACAAUGUCAGAGGCUGCAGCUUAUGAGUUCACAACGCUUACGGCCAUUCCAGGCGUCAUGGAAUACCAAGGGGCGCGAAUCCAACUUCUUGAUCUUCCAGGUAUAGUGGAAGGUGCCAGCCAGGGCCGUGGCCGUGGUCGACAAGUGGUGGCAACCGCCAAGACGGCGGAUCUUAUAUUAAUCAUGCUCGAUGCAACAAAAUCUGAGGAGCAGCGUCGUCUUCUGGAAAUCGAGCUGGAUGCAGUUGGCAUUCGGUUGAACAAACGAAAACCUGACGUAGUAUUCAAGCGUCGCACUACAGGAGGCAUCACGCUCACGACGACCGUCAAAUUGACGAAGACGGAUGAGAAAACCAUACGGACCAUUCUGGCAAGCUACAAGUUACACAACUGCGACGUGAUGAUUCGAGAAGAUAUUACUACAGACGAAUUUAUCGAUGUGUUGAUAGGCACGCGCAAAUACAUCCCUUGUCUAUAUGUGUACAACAAGAUAGACGCAAUCAGUCUAGAAAUGGUGGACAAACUGGCUCGCAGCGAAAACUCGGUAGUGAUCAGCUGUGAGAUGGCCCUGAACUUGGACUACCUUGUCGAACAAGUAUGGGAGAGCCUCGGACUAGUCAAGGUCUACACAAAAAAACGAGGGGAACGCCCUGAUUUAUCUGACCCAGUGUGUCUUCGAAAGGGUGCAACGAUAGAGGACGUUUGCCUUGGUAUUCAUAAAUCGCUAGCCACCAACUUUCGAUAUGCUCUCGUUUGGGGUCGGUCCUCCAAGUUCUCCCCGCACGCGCAGAAGGUCAGUUUAAAUCAUCAAGUUCAAGAUGAAGAUGUUGUUUCGAUAUUCACCAAGUAGAUGCUGCAAGAGGUGUGGUUGGUUAUUAGCGACACAAAGAUCGUUGCCCAGGUGGUUGUUUGACCUCACCGUUACCAAGCUCAGUUGCCCAGUGACUUCGUCACUAUCACCAAAUGUUUUGCGAGUCACUACAAUUCCACAAACCUUAUUUAGUAUAGUCGGCUGAACCAGUCCCAAUCGAUGAGUUGUAUUUCGAACC